AAAACUGGAAGGGGGAGAAGCUAUCAGCUACAGAAGAAGAUAUAGUAAAAACAAGCGGAAACUGGAAGAAGACAAACCAGCACCAGCACAGACUUCUACUAAUUGAGUCUCCAUCUACAGAUUUAAGCAAUGACCGGCGGCGUACAUCUGGUUGAGCAGAGAUCCAUAGCUGGAUUGAGCUGAAAUUCACUUGACCUCGAUUGGUUGUUUGCAUCAUCUCAAUUUCAUCUCUCAAGCAGAGAGAUCCAUGGCGGAAGCGGUGAUAUCUGAAGCGCACGGUCUGUUCUCUUCUGAUCUUCCUCCGUUACCCGAGAAUCGCAUCGUAGUGGGGUUUGGAAUGGUUUCUGUGGACUAUGUUGCAAUCGUUGAUGCUUUUCCUAAACCCGAUGAGAAGGUUCGUGGCAGGAGCUUGCAGGUUUUUGGUGGCGGGAAUGCUGCUAAUGCUUUGACGUGUGCUUCUCGUUUGGGUUUGACGCCUAAACUGAUCACUAAGGUUGGUGAUGAUUCUCUGGGACAAAUCGCCUUGGCAGAGCUUGAAGCAGACGGGGUAGAUACUUCUCUAGUCAAGAUUUCUGACGGGGGAACGUCAACAUCUACGUAUGUGAUUGUUGAUAAACAGAUGAAAACUCGUACAUGUAUCUACACAUUGGGCGUCCCUGCAAUGGUGCCUGAUGAUCUGCCAAAAACGAAGUUAGUAUCUGCUUUGAAUGAAGCUAAACUUGCAUAUUUUGAUGGAAGAUCAACCAAACCGGCUUUGGUUGUCGCACAAGAGGCAGCUCGAAUGAGCAUACCUAUUCUAGUUGAGGCAGAACGCAAAAAAGCAGGGCUUGCUAGUCUCCUUGAUUUGGCAACUUACAUCAUAUGCUCGGAAAAAUUUCCUCAGGCUUGGACGUCAGCCUCAUCUAUUCCAAAAGCACUUGUAUCCAUUCUUCUAAAGUAUCCAAACGUCAAAUUUGUGAUUGCGACCCUUGGUGAAAAGGGUUGCGUAAUGAUUGAUAGAAGAACCCCUGGUGAAGACCCUCAUCUAGAUGCCAUAGACGUAGACAGCUUGACUGAGUCACUAAAACUUAGAAUUGAUGAAAACGUUACUACUCCAACAUUAGUGACUUCUGAGUCAAGCGUGAGACUAAGAGCAGAUGGAAUAGGCACAUUAUAUGGCAAGUUGCUCCUAGGGACUGCUGAGAAGAUACCUCCUUCGGAAAUUCUUGAUACUACUGGUGCCGGUGAUGCAUUUAUUGGAGCAGUCCUAUAUGCUUUAUGUGCAGGAAUGCCUCCUGAGAAAAUGCUGCCAUUUUCCUGUCAAGUGGAUAAUUAAUUGACAAAGGAGUUGCUUGAGCGCCAUCCAAGUUCGCAGAGCUAUUUGUUCUUCCUUGAGACGUGUCAGCGGAAGAACAUGUUAACAAUGCAUGCCAUUUACAUGCUUCAGAUGCAAGGCUUUGCGCUCUGUGAGACAUUUUAGCAGCUGCAUGCAAACAAUAGACAACACCAACCACAUUAUAUCUUUGCUCAUGCUUCAUGCUCUUUCUAAUUGGUUUCAGCUAUCAACAACAGAUGGGAUAAAGCCCAUCACUAAAACCACAGGUAAUGCAUGUCAAUUCUUUGUUAUCUUCACCAAGAAGUUUCAUCAGAAGUGUGUAAGAACCUGGCAAAGUCAGUGCUAGCCGAAAUGCUAAACAUAGCCUCCUUGCCUCAAUCAACUGUGUGAGGAUCAAUAUCCACUACGCUAACCUUCACAGCAUAAUCAGCCUUCUUAUCGUAGUACUUGACUGAAGAAGCCCCAUCGGAGGCCAAAUGAGCUAUGGAGCACGAUGGCUGAAACAAGGAAAUUGCCGAGGAAGUAAAUCGAAGCCCUCAUCAAUUCUUCCACAAUUUUGCUGCAUGUGGAAAUGAAUGGGUUGAGCUUGAUGUGGUGUGGCUGUCGUUGGGUGUAGAUGUCUGAAGUGAGGUACGGAAGUAGAGAAGAGCAGUUGUUGUGGACGUGAAGAGGAAAAGAGGGACGGGGCUCAAGAAAUCUGAAGUGGGGAGGAAAACGCGAGGUGGAGUUCGGGCCUUGGACAGAUGCCAAAAGUCAAGAAAACCCAACGAAGACUUAUUUUGCUCCGUUUUAACUAUAGGCUCAGGCACUUGUUCGAAACCUGAUGCGAGCUUUUAUGCGAAACGAUGGGCGAUCAGCGGGAUUCAAGGGAUUUUGACGGGAUUUUGAUUUAUACGAGGUAACAUUAAGUUACAUUAAGUUAGAUUUGAGAUUUCAUUUGACUUCUUAUUUUAUUAGAUUUAAUAAUAUUAUUAAAUAAUAAAAUAUUUUAUUAUUUAAUUUAUUGAUAAAUUAGACUAUUGGAAGUGUGAUAAUUGCCCCAAAAGGUUUCGAUUAAUGUGCAAUCGCCUCGAAAUUCGUGUGUAUUUCACCUCGUUUAAUGUGUCGAAUUCAUUGAAUAUAGAAAUUAGAUAAAUUGGCAGUGCGUUUAGGGUAUUGCCAAUGUCCCGGUCGCAAUGACGCAGCCUGUUUCGAGAUCGGAUGUCGUUUGGGCAAUGCCAAGGCAAAUUCUCCUCGAAAAGCGUGUUGUC